AUGGGGUGCUCGGAGCAGUCGCUGGCGGCGGAGACGGCGGCGAUCGUGUCGGCGCUCACGCACGUCGUAUCCAGCGGCCGCGGGCCACCGCGCCAGGCGCCGGCGCUCGUCAUGCCGCCGUGGCACCGCGCGGACGACAGCGCCGUCCACCGUGGCCAGCUCGCGGGGGUGGCGGCACACGAGCCAGCGACGCCGGCGCCCGCGCCCGCGCCCGCGGCGCGGAAGUACCGCGGGGUCAGGCGGCGGCCGUGGGGGAAGUGGGCGGCGGAGAUCCGGGACCCGCAUAAGGCGGCGCGGGUGUGGCUCGGCACCUUCGCCACCGCCGAGGACGCCGCGCGCGCCUACGACGCCGCCGCGCUCCGCUUUCGCAGCGGCCGCGCCAAGCUCAACUUUCCCGAGGCCGACGCCGCGCGCCGUGCCAGGGACGCCGAGGCGGCCUCCGCCGUGGCCAGGGCCGGCCCGCCCGCCACGCUGCUCGAGUCGCAGUCGCAGGUCGCCGCAGGCGACGACGACGUGGCCGAUUACCUCGACUACUCGAGGAUUCUCGAAGCCGCCGAGCCCAGCGGCAUCAUGGACGGGCUCUUCGGUGGCCACGGGAACGGACGCUUCCUCGGCUAG